AUGUUGAGCGUGUAUCGCCGUGAUGCUGCAAAACUUCGUGAUCUCUCUAACAGUACAGGACAUUCCACUAUUAAUUACACAUUAAGCAUGAAAUUCCAGUUGGCUGAGAAUGUUCGUGUGGCGAAGUUACUUACGUACGCCUCGGUUGGUUUUUCAUUAUGGUCUACUGUAACCUGCUGCAUUUCUGCCACUGCUUUCAUUGUGCUUGGGGAGGAAAAUCCUAUUAGUCAACUAUCAUACGCCAUCAUAAAUGUCUACUUAGCCGUGUAA